UCAAGCAAUUCCUCUCUCUCUCUCUCUCCCUUUCUCUGUCACUUGUAAAGAAAUGAAAAGAGAAGAAAAAACUUCCGUUUCUUAUUCUUUGCUGUAACCUAAACACGAAGAGAACUCCUCAACUACUACUCCCAUGACGUGCCAACCACAUGCUCUUCUUAAAUACUUCAUUUUGAUUCACCUUGCUUCUGAACCUCAACUACCCAUUUUGAUUUUUGGUCCAGAUGGGUGUUGCAGGCAAAAGAAUGACGAUUUGGAUAUGGGUUCUUAUUGUUUUUGCAGUUUGUCUUUCUUGGAAGAUUAGUGCUGAGGACAAUGUCCGCACGGAGAGAAUUUCAGGAAGUGCUGGUGAUGUCCUGGAAGAUGAUCCUGUAGGAAGACUGAAAGUUUAUGUAUAUGAGCUUCCAAGCAAAUAUAACAAGAAGUUACUCCAAAAAGACCCUAGAUGUCUUACACAUAUGUUUGCAGCUGAGAUAUUUAUGCACAGGUUCCUCUUGUCCAGUCCUGUUCGGACCCUUGAUCCUGAGGAAGCUGAUUGGUUUUAUACACCUAUAUACACCACUUGUGAUCUCACCCCAACUGGCUUGCCAUUGCCUUUCAAGUCUCCACGAAUGAUGAGGAGUGCAAUACAGCUUAUCUCCACAAACUGGCCUUAUUGGAAUCGGACGGAAGGAGCUGAUCACUUCUUUGUUGUUCCCCAUGAUUUUGGAGCCUGCUUCCAUUAUCAGGAGGAGAAAGCCAUCGAACGAGGAAUUCUUCCAUUGCUCCAACGUGCUACUUUGGUUCAAACUUUUGGUCAGCGAAACCAUGUGUGCUUGAAUGAGGGUUCAAUUACAAUCCCUCCUUAUGCUCCUCCGCAGAAAAUGAAGGCCCACCUGAUUCGUCCAGACACACCCCGUUCCAUAUUUGUCUACUUUCGUGGUUUAUUUUAUGACGUGAACAAUGACCCAGAAGGUGGUUACUAUGCGAGAGGUGCAAGGGCAGCUGUUUGGGAAAAUUUCAAAAACAAUAAUCUCUUUGACAUCUCCACCGACCAUCCAACUAUGUAUUAUGAAGACAUGCAGCGAGCUAUAUUCUGUCUGUGUCCUCUGGGAUGGGCACCAUGGAGUCCGAGGCUAGUUGAAGCUGUGGUAUUUGGGUGCAUUCCUGUAAUCAUAGCCGAUGACAUUGUUUUACCCUUUGCUGAUGCAAUCCCCUGGGAAGAAAUCGGAGUAUUUGUUGAGGAAGACGACGUGCCCAAAUUGGAUUCAAUCCUUACCUCCAUUCCAGUGGAAGUGAUCUUAAGAAAACAGAGGCUUCUUGCUAAUCCAUCAAUGAAGCGCGCAAUGUUGUUCCCGCAACCUGCUCAACCUGGGGAUGCUUUCCACCAAAUAUUGAAUGGCCUUGCUCGCAAGCUUCCUCAUGAGAAGAGCAUUUAUUUGAAGCCUGGAAAAGCAAUUUUAAAUUGGACUGUAGGACCAGUAGGAGACUUGAAACCUUGGUGAUGCAGGACUCUGUCUUCGAGUUUACUUCAUCUUGCCAAAUUUUGUUAUUAUUAUCUCAUUAUAAUUUUAUUUAUUUUUAACAGUUUGGAAAAGAUUUAGACAA